ACAGGGUGAAAGAAGGGGGGAGAAUCCAAUCCGGUUUGAGCUAGUUUGUGUUUCGAUGGGACGUUAACGUCUUCCUGCGCUGAAACCUGUGUGUCUUUUUUAUCGAGCUAACUAAAGCACUGUUGUUAGCUAUUUUUAGUCUCUGUCUUGCUUACUUUCCCCCCCUCCUUGUAGCAUAUUCCUGUUUUUAUUUGUGUCUGUGUGUUUAAAACAACACCUCAAAACCAGCCAUGCCCAAAAGGAGCAAAGCAAACAAUGACACCGAAGCCAGUGAGCCCAAACGGAGAUCGGCAAGAUUGGUAAACAAACCGGCGCCACCUAAGGCAGAGCCGAAGGCGAAGCCGAAGAAGGCACCCGUGAAGCCCAAAAAGACCAAGGAGCCCAAGGAGGACAAACCCAAAAACGAGGAGAAGAAAGAGGAUGUCCCUGUCGAGAAUGGCGAGGCAAAGGCUGAUGAUGAUUAAUGUGCAAAUUAUGCUUUUCAGGAACCAGCAACAGAAGAGACGGAGAAGAAGGACGACGCGGCAGAAUAACGUUUGUCUCGAACCAGUGCUCCCUGUACCUCUCUUCUUGUACAAUUCAGGGGAAUAUUUUUAUCUACUAUUUUCUAAAGGCAGUUUUUUUAGUAGUUUGAUUGUAGAGACACAUUUUUUAUGAAAGCUACAAUGCAUUUUGAGGGGGAUUUCAUCCCAUCCCACAUUUGUACAUCCAGAACCGUUAUUGUCUGUCAGUUCUUCUUUUCAAAGUGGUAAGGAUUUACGCCAUGGGAACACACACACACACAUAUUGAGCAUGGCGUGUACAAAGACAGUUGGACAACUUGCCCAAAUGACUAACAUUCCAUUGGCUUAAUGAGGGAUUUUUUUUUUUAAUUCUAUUUUAUUUUAUUUUUUGAACGUGUAUAACCUGUUAUGUAUGUGUGUGGUGGGGAGGGGUGCGAAUCACUCAUUGUUUUCUUGUUUAUAACGAGGCAGAUUACCUAGGACGUUUGUAAGCUGUGUUCUGUAUGUUAAUUCUUGUACCGAUUCUGCUUAAUAAACCUACUUUGUAGUACUGGAGCUGUCCAUGUCAGGCCUGUGCAUCAUCACGUGUUUUAAUUUGUCGUCUUUCCUGUGAUAGCGCCACAAUAGAUCUAUAUAGCAGCUGUGAAACGAUCUUCGACUUUAUAUGCAGCGUGUAAUGGUACCUUGUCCGGACGUGCUCAAGAUAGAAUCCAUGGCAGAGCGAAAAUGCAUCGACGCGCUUAAAGCUUGGCCACCUUUUCAAGUUGGUCCGAUGAUGGAGUGUAAGAUCUGACAAAACUGUACAGCACUCGUACCAGCAGUAGCAAUAUACACGUGCAACUACAAAUGUACAGUUUCUUUCAGAUCAUUGUUUAUAGAUGUAUCUCUGUGUAUUGUUUGAUUAAAGCGAGCCAAUAAAAAUUGUUUGUGACA